AAAAAAUCGCUGGAAGGUGGUUUCAUGAAUCCAAUUGAACUAACCAGUACAUGUUUGGAACCCGUACCAGAAGGUCGUGUAGCAGAGUCUUAUAUGGCCAGUCGCCCCUACCGUCAGGAACUUAGCACCUUUAUAGGAAGCGCCAUGAAACAAAGAGAACAAGAAGAAGAUAGCGACGAAGGUUCUGAUCUAGAUGUAGAAGAAAUCGAUUCAGACUCGACUUCAGCUAGUGAAGGAAGUGAAGAUAUUGAACCAUUCCCACUUCCUCCAGCUCCUAUGUCUGAUCAUAUUCCAUCGAAAGAACCCCGACAAUCAUCUCCCUCACCGCCACCUCCGGAAGAAACAAAACAUGGAAUGGUAUUUCACGAAGUUGUAGAAGAGAUAGGAGGUGGAGCAGUUAGUGAAACAUCUCUAAUGGAAUGCUCUGCCCCCUUAAAACCUGUCAUUCCUACGAGACUUUCACAAGCUACUGUGGCUGAACAUCCAGCACAGAUUGAAUAUCGUCAAGGUUUUGUGACUGGAAGAGAGAAAGCGGAAGGAGGAAAUAGUGAAGAAGGAGAAGAGGAGAAAGGGGGCGAACAUGAUACAUCUGUGGAUACCGUGAUUUCCGUGCCUACUACGCCUUCCAAAAAAUCUAAGCAUCGCAAGAAGGCCGCUAAAAAGAAAGAGAAAACUCCUUCUGUUGCAGUGGCUGAGAAUAAAUCUUCCCCCACAGAUGAGCCUAAGGAAACUUAA